AUGGACGCCAGCCAUGACGCAAGAGGCCAGGAAACCUACGGGGUGGGAAGCCCUGGCCAGUUACUGCAUCACAUCUUUGAGGACCAAGUGUCCAAGAGCCCCGAGAGCUGUGCCUUGGAAUUCUUUCCCCGAGGCCGUCUCACCUACCAUGAGCUCAACAACCAGUCCAACUCUCUGGCAUGUUUCUUGCGUGAGAAACAACUUCCUGGUAGAGAUGUCGUUGCUCUCUCCUCGGAAAAGUCGCCGCUUCUCGUCGUUGCGGUUCUGGCCGUUCUCAAGGCUGGCAUGGUUUGGAUACCACUGCCUGCUGAUGCAACAGAGGAUCGGGUCCAGUACAUCUUGGAGACUUCUAAGGCCGGUCUCAUCUUGAACUACACUUCGAAUGAACCCCCUAUCAGGACUGACUUGGGUGUCAUUCACCUGAAUGAGAUGUAUCAAGACGACAACCCCUUACCCUACACUACCACAAACCUGGAUCUCGACUCUCGCUCCGAGAGGGAUCUCUGUCAUAUCCUCUUCACCUCCGGCUCAACGGGAACCCCCAAGGGCGUCAUGAUUGAACAUCGAGCUGUGAGGCACAACGCUAUGGAGCUCACCAAGAUGUUCAACCUCGACUCAAACACACGGACCCUACAAUUUGCCGCACCUACUUUCGACAUCUUUGGGCUUGAUCUAUUCAUGACGUUUGCCUGUGGAGGAUGCCUAGUCAUGGCACCCCGGGAACUCAUGAUGGAAGACAUGACUGAAUUCUUGGCCAAGAUGAACAUCACCUACACGCAAUUGACACCAACCGUUAUUCAGACCAUUGACCAUGAGAGGGUGCCGAGCCUCCAGGUGUUGGCCAGUUCCGGAGAGGCUCUACCUCAGGCAUUGGCUGGUCGGUGGAGGCAUAACGUCAAGCUGUUCAACGCCUACGGACCAACCGAGACAAUUGUCUGCACCGUCGAGGACCUCAGCGAAAACAAGGACAUCGAUGCGGCAUGUGUCGGCCGCCAAGUCGAUGGGCUCGAUGUACGGCUUCUAGCAAAUGAUGAAGCGAGACCAGUUCCUCUCGGCGAAGUUGGAGAGAUUUGCGUGGCAGGUCCUCAACUUCUUCGUGGUUACCUUUCAAGCAAGGGUCAGUUUCAGCCGCCCGAGUGCUACAUCAACGGCGUGAGAUUUUACCGGACAGGCGAUCUCGGCCGAUCAGAGCUCUCCAAGGCUGGAGUUCGCACAAUCAGACUCAUUGGUCGCCGGGAUGCCGAGGUCAAACUUCGCGGUAUCCGUAUCGACCUAGCUGAAGUCGAGCGGUCAAUCGUCACUUGCUCGCAAGUGUGUGAGUGUGUCGUGGUCAUGCCUCGAAGUGGGAGUUCUUCUGGGAGUCUCUCGACCUUUGUUGUAUUGAGCAAUGUGCCUGAUGCACUUGACACAGGAUCCUCUUUCGCCACAGACCGGAUCCCACUCCUUGGAUCUUCUAAAUGGACUUGCUCGAUUCUCGGAGAGGCCAAGAAGGCGGCGUCAAAACAGCUGCCAUCUCUUACCAUGCCAAAAAUGUGGUGGCCUAUCAGAAGGAUACCCUUAACCUCCAGUGGCAAGGUCGAUCGUUUCCAGCUACGGUCUUGGCUGGAACAAUUGCAAGAAGAGGACCUUCUCGAACUUAUCCAAGGCUAUGGCUCCCAAGCGGUGGAUCAUACUCUUGAAGCUAGUCCCGAGGAGAGGCAGAUGCAAGCAGUAUGGGCCGAGGUCCUCCUUCGCCCUGCCUCAGCCAUCCCCGUUACCGACUCUCUUGCAGCCCUUGGAGCGGAUUCACUCGACGUAAUUCGGAUGGCUAGCAAGUCAAGACAAGUCGGAGUUGACGUCAACGCCGCCGAUAUCUUCUCGGCAAAGACGAUACGAGAGCUUAUCAAGCGUUGUAAGCCAACAUCUGAGAAGGAGACGUCAGCUUCAGUCACAACACCCCCUUACCGACCAUUCAGCCUCCUUUCUCCAACCACGCCCCUGGCACCCUUGAUACAAGACGUGGCUGAGAUGUGUUCAAUCCCAGUCGCCGACAUCGAGGACGUCUAUCCUUGCACACCCUACCAGACAGCACUCAUGGCCUUGGACAUCAAAUGCCCUGGCUCAUACAUCUGUGCCUUCAGUUGGUCUCUUCGUCAUGAUGUCGAUCCUGCUAGGCUCCAAAGCGCUUGGGAUACUCUGACGGAGUCUCAACCAGCACUGCGAAAUCGUCUCAUCUGGGAUGUCGAUGAACAGCAGUUCUUGCAAGUCCAAGUCCGACAUCGUCCAACCAAGUGGAGCGAGUCUCUCUACGAGGCAGACAUGUCACUAGGCUCUGAUCUUUGUCGCGGGUUGGCCCUCUGGGAUGAGAGCCGGCAGCGGUGGACGUUUCACCUCAAGAUCCACCACAGCAUCAUCGAUGGAUGGUCCUUGCAGCUGAUGCUCAACCAGCUAAAGACGAUAUACUUUGGUGAAGAGGGCAAAACACUGGACGGCGCUGUCUACUCGCACUUUGUGCAGUAUCAGCUCAGGGACCGAGAAGUGAUGCGGACUGCUUCGACCCAGUUCUGGAUGGAAUAUCUUGACGGUUACGAGGGUGUCGAGUUUCCACCGGAACCCCAAGAUCCUCACCACGAUGUUCACGCAACGGAUCACCAAUCGCUCACAGUGACCCUCAAACUCCAAGACCUGGCUGCUCGAUUCGGCGUGACGCCGGCUGUCAUUUUAUAUGGCGUCACUGCACUGAUACUGGCCACGCACGGCAAUACCGAGGAUGUGUCCAUGGGCUUGAUCCUGGCAGGGAGAGAUGCGCCCGUUGACGGAGUGUUCCACAUGAUAGGCCCUGCCUUUGCAUGUGUUCCUUUUAGAACUCGUCUUGAUCAUCAGAUGCCGCUACAAGACUUCUUCCAGCGGGUUCAUGCCCAGAUCCUUGCCAUAAAUCCCCACCAACAAUAUGGCCUCGAGCACAUCAAGAAGUGCGGUUCAGGAGCAGCGACGGCUUCUCAACUCAAGACUCUCGUCGUCGUGCAGCCUGAAGAUGAGCGACUGGCUGGAGAAGGACUCUGGGCCGAGGUCCACGGUCAAACCUCAGGCCUGGCCGAUAGCAUCCCCUUCUCUCUCGAGUUGGUGCUGGCAGAUGAUAAGGUCUUGAUCAACUGCAACUCGGACCCAGCUGUUCUGUCUCUGCAGCAUGCUCAAAUGGUUACUGGGCAUCUGAAGCGAGCUCUUGAGAGUCUUUCGGGCCUCUCUACGGAACAAACUGUCAGAGAUGUUCAAAUGUCGCCGGAGAACCAGGAUCAGCGCAUGCUGGCGUGGAUCGAGUCGUAUGGACCUGCAGUCGAUGUUUGCUUGCACGAUCUGCUGAAGAAGUCAGCUGAUGCCUACUCCGACCAUGAUGCUAUCUAUGACAGCGCAACUGGAAAAAGCCUGACCUUCAGAGAGCUUGAUUUAGUCUCCAGCAGCCUGGCAACUUAUCUCACUACUUCAUGCCAUCUGUCACCAAAGUCGAUCGUUCCUAUCGCCAUGGAAAAGUCUGCUCUCGCCAUUAUCACCAUCUUUGCAAUCCUCAAGACUGCCUCCGCUUACAUCCCAAUCGAGCCUAGUUGGCCGCUUGAACGCGUUCGAAAAAUCGUGGAUGAUGCAGGUGCCGCUAGCAUCGUCUGCUCGCCUACCAUCGCGGAUCGAUACGGGAGUUUGCAACAACAGCUUAUCACAAUUGAUGAGCGAUGGACAGACCCAAGCCAUGCUGAUUCAUCUAAUAAAUUUCUUCCUCGAGCAUCUCCUUCUGACUUGGCUGUGCUGAUGUACACAUCCGGCAGUACCGGGAUGCCCAAGGGAGUGAUGCUUGAACAUCGAGCGUUGAGUACCAGCUUGACUCACCUUGCUCGCUGGUUUGCCCUGCAAGCUGGUGACCGACACCUUCAGUUCUCAUCUUUUGUCUACGACGUCAGCAUUUCCGACAUCUUCAUCCCUCUGCUGUCUGGGGUCUGCAUUUGCGUCCCCACUGAUGACGAGCGACUCAAUAGACUGUCCGAGACCAUACGGAGAAUGAAGAUCAACUCGGCCACUCUUACACCAUCAAUGACCGGACUCAUUGCUCUUGGGGAUGCUGGCACACUCAAGACUAUCAUGACUGGUGGCGAAAUGACCAGCCGCGCUCUCAUCCAGGCAUGGGCACCGCGGAUACGAUUUCUCAACGCAUACGGACCCACUGAGGCUUCCAUCACUACGACGGUCACGGAUCCUCUGACAGUGGACUCAGAUCCUGGUGUCAUCGGUCGAAAUGUCACUGGGUGGCAUCUUAUCCUUCGACGUGAUCAACGCGGCCAGCUCUACGAGGCACCACCGGGCUGCACGGGAGAGAUUGCCAUUGCUGGACACAGUCUUGCCAGGGGAUAUCUGCACAACAAAGAGUUGACGGAAAAGAGUUUUGUGAAUCUUCCUUCAUUGCAAGGAUCACAACUCCCAUCACGUGUGUACCUCACCGGAGACAUUGGACGUUACGAACAGGACGGUUCUGUCCGCAUUCUUGGCCGUCGAGACAGGAUGAUCAAGAUCAACGGAAUUCGUGUCGACCCUGGAGAAGCAGAGGAUCAACUCAGGAAGCUCGGAGAGCAGUUCUCUUCAGCAGUGGUCCAGUGUACUGUUGACAACAACAAGGUCUCCCGGCUAACUGCCUUCGUCACCGUCAACUCCAACAACGUCAGAACAAACGAAGCCUUCAUCCUUCCUGAUGAAUGUACCUCCAAUUUCCGUGAGAUGUGCCACGAAGCACGGUCCCGUUUGCUCGAGCUUCUCCCAGUCGCUUAUGUUCCCACCACCUUCGUUCCCGUUCGGUGCAUCCCCUCGACAGCUUCCGACAAGGUGGACCUGAAGCGACUCAGAGACGAGCUGCAGAAAUUGCCUUUGACACCCUUCGUCAUCACAGCAGACAACGAGACAGAUGGGGACACGGCAGUAGAUACAGAGUUGGAGACACCGAUCGAGCUGGUGUUGGAGAAUGUCCUGCGCAAAGUCUUCAACAUCACCGGGCGCUUGAGUGCAGCUGCCGACUUUUUCCGGCUCGGUGGUGAUUCAUUCACGGCUAUCAAGCUUGUGAGCGCCGCCAAGGAGAACAACCUGGAGAUUACAGUCCAGCAAAUCUACCGCCACCCACGACUCAGAGACCUGGCAGCCGUCGCGCGGUACAAGAAGGCCACUGGCGUUGACGCUGAGGUUGAGGUGCAGAACAUUCCCGCUUCAGCUGGCGUUUCUCCAGAGGUCUGGCAAGAGAUUGAAGAAACAAUUGGGGUCACCGCCGACGAGAUUGAGGAUGUGUAUCCAGCAUCCCCCUUCCAAGAAGGGCUCAUGGCAACCUCGCUGAGCGGUGUCAUGGGAGACGAAAAGGCAGCAUACCACGCCAAAAUGGUCUUCCAAUUGACGAAGAACACGGAUACUGCUCUCUUAACACGGGCGAUGGACAAGGUCGCUUCACGGAACCCAAUCUUGCGAACAAGGCUAGUGUCCACAUCCGAGGGACCAGUUCAAGUCGUUCUCAAACACUCGUCAGAUCAACGCCAACAAAUGAGGACCAAUUCUCUUUUCCAAUAUCAGAUCAACACAGAUCCCACCCACAAUACAACGAGACUGAUCAUCAGCAUGCAUCAUGCUUUGUACGAUGCCCCUACACUGCAUCUUCUGCUCCAGGACGUCAACUUCUGGUACAGCAAUCCUACGGGCGUUAAGCCUUUGCCUGUUCCCUACCGAAAGUUUGUUGACUACCUCCACACUACAGACUCGGAAUCUGCGAGCCAAUACUGGACAGAGACUCUGCGUGACGCCCCAUUGACUUCUUUCCCGCCCGUGGGGGAGCAGGAAGAUCAGGUACGAGCGACCGAGCGCCUGGAUCUGAGUACAUCUAUAUCGUUGGACGUCUUUCAACGAUCUGGAAUCUCCCCUGCUACCUCUUUAGCGGGUGCCUUGGCCCUGCUUCUGUCUUCCUACAACUUUGCCGACCAAGUCUGCUUUGGUAUGACCCUUUCCGGUCGUGACAACCCUGAACUUGAGGCUGUGAUGGGUCCUACACUGUCAACCGUUCCCAUGCAUGUCCAUGUGGUUUCUGAGCAAUCAACGAACUCCCUACUUCAGAAUAUUCAGAGCUCGAUUUUAGAUAUGCGCCAUCACCAACACUUUGGCCUCAAAAACAUCAUGCGGCUGCCAGAGCAAGGGCCCAGGAACGCCAGCCGGUUUAGAACACUUCUUGUUGUGCAACAGGGUCAAGACAACGACGAUGAUACCCCUGGAGUCACUGAGAGGCUGCUAACCAACGAGUCCUCGAUGUAUGUCGAGUAUCCUCUGGUUAUCAUUGCGCAAAUAUCCUCGACCACAGGAUCAGUCGACUUCAGAGUCGAGUUUGACCCCAACUGUGUCUCAAGCAUCCAGGCACGACGAUUCAUUCAGCAGCUGGAUAAGACAGUGGGAGAGCUUUCGCUACAAGACCGCUCAGUAUCUGAGUUGGAUCUGAUCAGUUCCGCUGAUCUGGCCGAUGUUGCAGCAUGGAACCCUUCACUUCCCGACCCCCCCUCUCGAAGCAUCUGCCAAAUGUUCCAAGACAUGGCUUCACGACAGCCUGAGCUUCCCGCCGUCGAAGCUAUCGUGGGUGAGCGACUUGACACCAUUCAACGGACGACCUACAAGGAACUGGAUGUUGUGUCCACGGCACUAUCUCAGGAAAUUCUACAACGUGCCCCUAACAGUCAACGGAUUGUUCUAUGUCACCAUAUUCCUUCACUUGUUCUCACGGGCCUGCUGGCAGUCUGGAAAUCCAACAAGACGUUCACAACUAUGGAUCCAUCUCUGCCGGUCGAACGCAGGCAUGCAAUUCUCUCUGAGCUUGGAGAGGAUACUGUCGUCCUAACGGAUUCUUCCGAAGCCCAGAGCUUUGCUCCUUAUGACACCUGCAUCCUUGACGCGAUGUUGCAUGAGACUGAUGGGAGCCACGUUUUGCCGAGCCCCCCCAGCCUUUCAGAUCCUGCCUAUGUUUUCUUCACCUCUGGAAGCUCUGAUGUCAGUGCAACAAUGGGGCUUGACAACACAACCCGGAUGCUUCAGUUUGCAACUUGCACAUUUGACACGAGCCUACUGGAGAGCUUUGCGACUUUGAUCGCUGGAGGUUGUGUUUGCCUUCCUGCACCGAGUCAACGUCUUGAUGGAAACCUUGGCCACGCGAUCAACCAACUGCGAGCGAGCCACCUUGUUCUCACGCCGACCGUCGCCGGGCUUCUCUCGUCGCAAGAGCUCCCUGGUGUUGAAUCACUGAUGCUUGUUGGAGAGCCCGCUUCAAAGCAACUCAUCGAGAGCUGGUCUGAGAGUUCCAUCCAGGUGAUGAACGGCUACGGUCCCACGGAAGCCAGCGUGCACACAUCGACAAAAACAUCAUUGAAGCCCAAUGACCCUCACAACAUUGGUCGAGCAACUGCUUGCAAUCUUCUCCUCGCGGUACCGGAUGAGCCUAACAAGCUCGCUCCUAUCGGAGCCAUUGGAGAAUUGGUCAUCUGUGGAGAGACGGUGGCAGAUGGUUACCUCAAUAACCCUGAGCAAACGAAAGAAUUCUUUGGAACAAAUCCUCCUUGGGCCACAUGGGCGGAUGCUACUUCUACAACCCGCUAUUACCGUACGGGUGACCUGGCACGUUAUGCCCCAGAUGGAUCGAUCAUCUACAUGGGUCGGAAGGACCUGCAGAUCAAGAUCCAUGGGCAGCGUCUCGAACUCUCUGAGAUCGAGUCUCACAUCAGGAGGUCUGGUCACUUCACAGACUGCGUUGUGGAAGUGCUACCCUCCGCAACACUCGUGGCGUUUCUUCUCACUGGCGAGCUUGGAACUGGAGUCUACAACGGCCCUCUUCCAGCGGGACAAAUCGACAGGGCAGCUCUGAGUCAGACACAGAGCCGCCUGCGCUCAGCUCUUCCGGAGUACAUGGUCCCCACUGUCUACGUCCCCUGCGCGAGCUGGCCCACAACCGCAUCAGGGAAGAUUGACCGUCGACGUCUGCGCGCUGAUGUCGAGUCUUCACUGGAAUGCUACAGAUUCCAGCAGAAGGGGCCAAAGAGAGACGCUGAGACAGCAGGGCAAAGGACUUUGUUUUCGAUCAUCGCCGAGGUCAUGUCCAUCACGGAAGACAAGAUUGGCCUGGACGACUCCCUCUCCUCGUUGGGCGGUGACUCCAUCACCAUGAUUCGUAUACUUGCACUUGCUCGGCAGCGCAACUUGGUUAUUGAUGGAACCAAGAUCUUUCAGUCGACUAUUCUCGAAGACAUGGUCAAGAGUUCAAGUUCACAACGUUUGGCGCACAUUGGUGAGGGCUUCGCUGCCCCCGCGCCCUUCUCUUUGCUUCCUUGGAUAGAAGAGGGUACUCUUCGCUCCAAGGUUGCUACCCAGUGCCAUGUUCCCAUCGAGUCUGUUUCGGACGUUUAUCCCUGUACUGCCAUUCAAGAGUCCCUUAUGAUCGCAUCUGCCAAGACACAGGGUGCCUUCCUCAACCAAGAGGUCUUCCGACUACCCCCUGAGACAUCAAUCGACAACCUCCUUCAAGCUCUUCGAACACUCUGGCACCGCCAUGACAUUCUAAGAACUCGGAUCGUCCUGGACUCAGACUACCGGGGUCUGCAGGUUGUUAUUGGGGAAGAUGUGGACGUAUGCCAAAUAUCCUCAGAGACAAUUGACGAUUUUCUGCAGGAGGAUAGUCUCACAGCCUUUGAGUAUGGAGCAAAACUUUCUCGAUGCGCAAUCAUUACCUCAGGCUCAUCAUCUUACCUUGUACUAUCUCAGCAUCACGCGGUCUUUGACGGUUGGUCUAUGGACCUACUAAAGGACGAGGUAGAGAAACUGUAUGGCCGCCCAGAAUCCCAGCUUCCGCCAACCCAGCCAUAUGCCCUCUUUGUCCGCCACUCCCUGGACCUCUACAACAGCACCGAGGCCCACCGCUUCUGGAAGACGCAGCUCGCCGACAUCCAAGUUGGCUCACUUCCUCAAGCGCGGCCCAACAAGACGUUUGCUGCCAAUCGAAAGCACACUCUCACCGUUGACUUCACCAACAAGUCUCCGCACACGCUAUCAACUCUAGCGGAAGCUGCCUGGGGUGUGCUUCUGGGGCGAUACUUUGACUCCGAAGAUGUCUGCUUUGGUAUCGUUCGGUCUGGGCGAACGGUCCCUGUUCCGGGGAUUGACACGCUUAUUGGUCCUACUCUUGCAACCAUUCCCCGUCGCUUGCGUCCAGUGCGGGAGCACGGAGUCCAAUCCUAUCUACAGAAGGUCCAAGGCGAGGCCAUCCGAUCCAUGCCAUGGGAGCAGUACGGUCUGUCGAAUAUCCGAAAGAUUGACGACGACACCCUGCAGGCCUGCAAUUUUAGCUCCAUGCUUGUCGUUCAACCACCGACUGUUGAGAACACGGAAGCUUUGCUGAUACCUGAGGACCACUUGGCCAAGGGCUUCAUCGAUUCGGAUUGUGUCAUCGUCGAUUGUCGGCCGACUGGAGACGCCAAGAUUACAGUCACCAUCAUUUACGAUGACCGUCUCAUGUCCGGUGACGAUGCCCAGUGGAUUGCGUACCACUUCUCUCAGACACUUGAGCAGUUGAGCUCGGGUCAAAACACUACCAUUGGCCACUUGGACCUCUCUGGACAACAGAGGCUGGAUCAAGAGUUCAAUUGGAACAGCACUGAGAUUGACACCUGCCACCGACUCGUGGAUGAGGUUUUCAGCGAGAGAGCAUCUCAGUGGCCCGACUUGCUCGCGGUUGAGGGCCCUGAUACCAGUCUCUCGUAUCGGCAGUUGGAAACCUUAUCGUCUGUUGGGGCAUUCAAGCUUCGGUCUGAGCACGGCGUACGUCGAGGAGAUCUCGUGCCGCUGUUGAUGAGCAAAGGCGCGGCCAUGGUCGUCGCGAUGUUCUCCAUCCUGAAGGCUGGAGCAGCCUAUGUCCCUCUUCCACCAGAUGUUCCGCUGGAUCGUCUACGCUUCAUCAUAGGAGAAACUGAUUCCCAGUUGGUGGUGACUACAGCCAACUACGACCAUUUGGCUCAGGACUUGUCACUUCCAGCCGUCACUUGGGACGUUGCGCAGCUCCAGAAACAAGCUUCCCAAGGGUCAACCAGGGGCAACGCUGUAGAUGACAGUGACGAUUCUCGCUCUUGCUCAGAUCUUGCCUACCUCCUCUUUACUUCUGGUAGUUCAGGAACACCAAAAGGAGUCAUGAUUGAGCACUCGGCUUUGGUGACGACGGUCCUAGUGAACGGCCGCCAUCACACAGGCUACCAAGUGGGAACGCGCACCCUCUCCUUCGCCGCCUACACAUUUGAUGUCAACGUCAUCGAGAUCUACAUGACACUCCUUUACGGUGGUUGUAUCUUCAUCCCACCCGACGAUCGACGACUCGGAGACCUCUGCGGCUACAUCAACGAGAAGCAGAUCGAGUUCGCCUACCUGACACCGACCACGAUCCAAAGCUUGGUUCAAUCACCAAGCCGUGUGCCAUCAAUCAAGACAUUGCGGUCCGGCGGCGAACCUUUGUCCAAGUCAAUCAUGGAGACCUGGAGCCAGAGUGUUCGACUCAUCAACUCGUACGGCCCAACCGAGACGUGUGUCGACGCGAGCCAAAACCCAACGGUCACGGCCAACAGUGAUCCCAACAACAUUGGAUUUGCCAUUGGAGCUUAUCUUUGGGUCGUCAACCGGGGUGACUACACGUCCCUCGCACCUAUUGGAUGUCCGGGAGAACUUCUGGUCUCUGGACCUACUCUGGGCAGGGGAUAUUUCAAGGAUGAAGAACGCACACAAGCAGCAUUCAUCGAUGGGAGCAACUUGCCGUGGGCGAAGCCGGGGUAUGAACGGCUUUAUGCCACAGGAGACAUUGUUCGGCGGAAUGCCGACGGAUCCAUCACAUACAUCGGCAGAAGAGAUCUUCAAGUCAAACUCAACGGCUUCCGCAUCGAACUCGGCGAGAUCGAGUACAACAUUGAACAAUGCCCAUCCGUGGCCUCUGCCGUGGUUGACAAGAGUACACUACAAGGUGGUGGCUCCGAUGCUCUUGUGGCUUUCUUCACUUUGACCGGGGAAGAGGCUCGCCAAGAGGAGCUUCUUCUGCCUGUGUCUUCCAAGAUUCGCGCCAUCAUUCAAGACGUCCAAACGCGGCUUGACAGCAAGCUACCUCCCUACAUGGUUCCGCGAGCCUAUUUACCGCUUUCGCGUAUUCCACUUACCCUAAGCGGGAAGACGGAUCGGAAGUUGCUACAACAACUGGGAGCCCAACUGGCUCCGGAUCAGAUGCUUCUGUAUCAAGGCUCUUCGAGUAUGGUUCGAGAGCCUUCAACCGUCUUUGAACGAAUCUUGCAAGGACUGUGGGCUCAGGUCCUCAAGGUCGAUUCGAAGCAUUUGGGGCUAGAUACCCAGUUUACUCGCGUUGGUGGAGACUCGCUUCACGCCAUCAGCCUGGCUUCUCUGUGCCGCGGUGCUGGACUCAAACUCGAGGUUUCGGACAUUUUGCGAAUUCCACAACUAGAGCAAAUGGCCAGGCAUUUGGAAAGGAAUCAGUCAAAGCCAGAUGCCGCCGAGCGAAAGGAUAAGAGUCAAGCCGUUGUGAGGCAAGAGUGCGACCCUGAACUGAAGACUCAAGUCUCCCAGGUCUGCAAUCUCUCUGUCAGUGACAUUGAGGAUGUGUAUCCGUGUACACCAACUCAAGAGGCACUCAUGGCUGCAACCGUGAGGCAGCCUGGAGCGUACAUCGACCACAGCAUGUUCUCUGUUCCCUCAUCCACGGAUCUUCACAAACUCCGAGCUUCGUGGGACAUUGUUCAUCAGUCCAACCCCAUCCUCCGGACUCGGAUCUGUUCCGCCGUGAUGGGCAAUCGCGUCCAAAUGGUUCAAGUCGUGACGCGAUGCCCUAGCGAAUGGAUCGACUCCGAUAUCGAAGCCUCGGAGAUGGGACUUGGAACUUCCUUGAUGCGAUACAGGAUCAGACCUUCUGAGCAAGGCUUCAUCUUUGAGUUUUGGAGACAUCACUCCAUCUUUGACGGCUUCUCCUCGGCAGCACUCUGGCAGGAUCUUGAGCACGCAUUCGCAUCAUCUGCACCACCCAAGGCCAGGCCCUCCUACCGCACUUUUGUCGAUUUUGUGCAAGGUGCGGAUAAGGAAGAAGCUGCCACUUUCUGGCAAACCCAGCUCAAAGGACACCAGCGAGAGGCUUUCCCUGCUCUUCCCUCUCCAGAUUAUGCCCCCGAAGCCCACUCCGCAACAAGUCAAACACUGGAGAGCACUCUGAGCUGGACUUCUGACAGUCCCUUUUCCUUCGCCACCGUUGCCCGAGCAGCAUGGGCCGUCAUCCUUAGCAUGAGGAGCCGCACUUCAGACUCAAAUAAGGAUGUUUGCUUCGCUGCCACAGUAUCUGGUCGUACUGCUCCCUUGGAAGGCAUUGAAGACAUUGUUGGUCCGACUAUCACCACCACACCCGUGCGCUUGCAGUUUAACCUCGACGACACCGUUUCUGGCCUUCUGGAGCAUGUUCAUGACCAGUCCUUGUCAAUGCUUCCUUUCGAGCACUUUGGCCUAGGUCGUAUCCGAGAGAUCAGCUCUUCGGCCCGCGACGCCUGCGCGAGCGUGAACUUAUUGGUCGUGCAACCAAGCCAACUAGCAGAUGGAACUCUGCCUCUCGGUUUGAAACGGAUGGUUGAAGAAGAGGCCGUCGAUGGACUCAGCGAGCCAUUUGGCCUCGUCAUGGAGUGCAGUCACAACCCAAUCACUGAUCAACUUUCUGUGUCAGCUGCCUACGAUCGCUCGCUGCUGACAGCACCUGAAGUAGCCCACAUCCUUCAACAGUUCCAACAGAUUAUUGGUAUCCUUCACCGUGGUGCUUGUGAAGCCUCAUCCAUCCGCGCCGCUCAGUGGGAACUGGCGGAGGGGGCUGAUCUUGAACGGACAAUCCGAUGGAACUCAUCUGAAGACACAUCUCUCCCAACACAGCUCCACAAGCUGGUCGAAGAAACCGCGAAGCGGUACCCCCAUCAGAUGGCUAUUGACUGCCACGAUGGGCAAAUGUCAUACGCAGAGCUUGUCGCGGCUUCGGAAGCUCUGGCGUUCCACCUACAGGACGAAUAUGGUGUGAGACCAGGUCAUCUCGUGCCCAUCUGCACGGAAAAGUCACGGUUCAUGAUCAUUUCCAUCCUCGCUGUCAUGAAAGCUGGAGCAGGCUACGUUCCGCUUGACACGAACCAUCCCGAGGCACGCACAGAGCUCAUUCUCAACGAGAUUCAGGCCAAGCUUGUCAUUGUGUCUCCUCUGCAGAGUGCCCGCAAGCAAUUCCCAGUUCAAACACUAGUGAUCAGUCCGGAGCAUCUACAAACUCGAGGUACUCGUACAAAGCUGCACCUUUCUUCUCCCGAUGAUAUAGCCUAUGUCAUCUUCACUUCAGGCAGCACUGGGACCCCCAAGGGCGUUGUCAUGGAACACAAAGCCGCCAGUCGAAGUAUUCUCGAGCAUGCGCAACGCUAUCAACACGCCAGUCAAGGCAUCCGACGCCGCUCUCUGCAGUUCAGCUCCUACACAUUUGAUGCGAGCGUGGUAGACAUUUUUGCUGUCCUCGCAUCUGGAGGCUGCGUCUGCAUCCCCUCUGAGAGCCAGGGCGUCGAUGUUCUCGAGAGCUUCAUUCAACAAAAGCAUAUCAACUUUGCCGAUCUCACUCCCACCGUCGCCAAUCUACUGGAGCCCUCCAACAUGCCCAGCCUGAAGACCCUUGCUGUUGGAGGCGAGAUGGCCAACCGUGCACUGCUACGCAAAUGGACGGGCCCCAAUUCACCAGUUGAACUAAUGCUCAACGCCUACGGUCCCACUGAAGCUGGUAUUGCAUGCGCCAUGGGCCAGCUCACGGCAACUUCGGCAGUUGGCCAGGUUGGGAGGCGAUUGGCCGCUGGACUCUGGAUUGUUGAUGACCUUGACCAUAACCACCUCGUCCCUAUCGGUUCCGUGGGAGAACUUGUGGUAACGGGCUCGACUCUUGCACGUGGGUAUCUCAACGAUCCAGAGAAGACAAGCGCAGCGUUCCUGGAGAAUGUAGCUUGGCUGGUCAAAGUGGGCGAGCAGCGGCUCUACAAGACAGGUGAUCUUGCCCGGUUCGAUGUCGAUGGGCAUGUUGAGAUCGUUGGCAGACGAGAAGAUAUGCAGAUCAAGUUCCGAGGACUCAGAAUCGAGCUCGGUGAGAUUGAAACGGCGAUUGGUGCCUCGUCUUGGGCAAAGCGGAUCCAGCGUGUUUCUGUUGCCAAGAUGCACCGCGAUGAGAUUCCUUUUUUGGCAGCCUUCGUCCAACUCGACGGUAGCCAAGGAGAUCCCGUCGAGGAGUCCAUCUUUUGCUCGCCGUCGGAAGAGUUCCUAUCCUUCGUUGCAUCCACUCAACGGGACCUUCUAAAGCAACUCCCGGAGUACAUGGUGCCACAACUCUGGCUUCCCGUCUUCAACUGGCCAUUGAUGGCAUCGAGCAAGACGGACCGCAAGAAGCUCGUGGCGGAUGCUGAGGGUCUCACCUCGAAGCAUACGUCCGAAUAUCAACGAGUAUCCCUAGCCAAUGAUCAAAGAACACCCUCGACAAAGCUUCAUGAGACGGAAGAGGCUAUCAAGGAUGCAUGGAUUCAAGUCUUACACAAGGAUACUGAUUUUGACAUCCAACCUCAAGAUGACUUCUUCCGACUUGGAGGAGACUCAUUGACGGCGAUCAUGCUCGUCGCCGUCUUGCGGCGCAACGGGAUCUAUAUCGCCGGCCAAGAUGUGUUUGCUGAGAAAACUCUCGCUGGGAUGGCUGCUCGCUGCCGUGGAGCUACUACACCCCAUCAAAAUGCCUCAGAGAGCCCCGACAGGUCUCCAGCCACGCCUGACUCUUCCCUCAAGACUCUUCUCACGGAUGAUUCCUCUGAGACCUCCCCUUCAUUAUCAGACACAUCACAUGAUGUCCGAUCCUGCGAUGUGAUGAAGCAUUCCAAUCCCAAGUCAAGGUCUAGUCGAUUCCCAGUCGACCUGAAUGUGGCCGAGGUGGAGUCCAUCUACCCAGCAUCUUACACCCAGACGACGUUCUUGAUCGAAGCACAGAAAUGGCCACGCUCGUACUACGCAUGGACAUUCUUCGAACUAGACGAUGCCGUUGCGCCCAGCCAUGUACAAGCCGCUUGCCAGGCAUUGGUUGACCGUCAUCCCAUCUUGAGAACCAGCUUCCAUCUCAGGCACGACCGAUGCUUCCAGGCGGUACAUACCACAGGAUCCAGAGUUAACUUCAAGGUCAUGAUGUCACAGGGCCUACCAGAUAAGAUGUGUUCCGUCAUCGACAAGGACGUCAAUCAACCUGUUCGAUUUGGUCAGAUCCCCACGCGGUUCAGACUCUUGGUUGACCCUGAGAGUGGACCACGAACAAUUGCCAUGGGCCUAUCUCAUGCUCAGUACGAUGGCUUUUCUCUAGCAACUAUCUUCAACGAUCUCCGGUCAGCCUACUGCGGCCUCCUCACUAGUCCUGCUGCUUCACCAGGCUACCAUCGUUUCAUCCAGCAUACCGUCGAGCUUUCCAACGAAACAACGGACACUUUCUGGCGAGAGUUCCUGCAUGACUCCACCUUGACCGUGGUUUCUGACCUGCCUCUGUCAACCCAACAACCCGUCAUGAGCGAUAGCUGGAUGCAGACCAUCCCCUUCCAGUUCAAGAAGUCGCGUCGCGCUAGUUACAACUAUGGGACUCUGCUGAAGGCUGCAUGGGCUCUGACAUUGUCUGCCGUCUCCGGUUCAACUGAUGUGGCAUUCUGGAAUCUUGUUUCUGGUCGCUUCGCGCCUUUCGAGGGUGCACAAGAGGUCGUCGGGCCCUGCAUCAAUUUUGUCCCUGUUCGGGUCCGAUUCAACGCCAGCCAACUUGUGUCGGAUCUUGUGGGUAGUAUCCACGAACAACAAAUCCAGAGCAUUCCAUUCGAGGCUACACCAACCAACCACAUCAUCGAGCAGGCCCAGUGGCCUAGAUCUUCAUCCAGCCUCGGUACAAUCUUCCAGUACCAGAACAUUCCGGACCCUAAGGAGCCUACAGUUGAGGACAAUACGCCUUGGACAGUCAAAGGCAGUGCCGUCUAUGGUGGAGGUCUUUUGCAGUCUGGGGCAUGCUGGUUGCUGGCAUGGCCAGAGAAGAACGGGCAAUCGUCGUUCCGAUUCACCUACAGUCCCCACACUCUCUCGUCGACCGCAGCCAAGUCUCUCGUGGACACAUAUCUGAGUCUUGUUUGUGCCAUCAAUGAUCUACCCGAACAGACGGUGGCUUCCAUUCUGCGUCCCACAACCAACCCAUUGUCGGCUCAAACACCGGGACCCCUUCAAGCACAACCAUCUGUCACAGAGAUCACAGGGGCGGCACAGUCCAUCCUGGCUCAGAUUGAGUCCUCCUGGAAAGAAGUUCUUGAGGUAUUACAUCCCAUCGAUCUCAAUCAAUUGUUCUUUGACUUGGGUGGAGAUUCCCUGAAGGCGGCCGAGCUAGCAGGCCAUUGCGAAAAGGCGGGUCUCGACUUGAGGAUGCAGGAUGUUCUCGACUUUCCCACACUCCGCCUUCAGACACUUCUUCUGUUGGGUCAUGUCUCGCGUCCAGAACGCGCGGUACCUAAGUUGGAGUUUCGAUCGGCUAGUGAGCUUUCUUAA